AUGGAUAGAAGUGAUUCCUUUGAUGAUUUAGUGAGCUGCUUAUGGUAUUGGCAAAGUAUAGUAUGGAGUGGAGAGUUUAAAGAGACUGAUCUACCGAUAUUGGCAAGGCAGGCUCAGCAAUUUCCAGAUGGAAAAGUAAAUGGGAGCACUCUUGAUAUGGUCAAAGCUAUUCAAGAAGGCUGUAAUUAUCGAGUCUCAAGGACUAUGGAAGGCUGAUUUGUAGAUUUUGCAAACCUUAUAGAAAGAAAAUGACCAGAGCUGGAGCAAGAUAAAAAAACUGUCUCAUUUAUAGAUGGGAUCUUAUUAGGUAUGAUCCGUAAACUAGUCUAUUAA